AUGACCGACAUCGACAAGAAAGACCACCUUCUCUCUCCGGUUCUUCAGGUGGUCACCGUACUUAACCCUGAAUAUGUCGCAUCAAUAGAUGCAGGCGAUAUACACGUGCGAGAAUUGUCCCGAACCCAUCAAGGACCUCACCACAUCAUACAUCGAAAUGCAUCAUGGUCUUCUCGUCCAGUGCUACUGUUAUCACCGGCAGCGCCUGAUCUGCUAGCUGUCGCUUGUGGAUCACAGAUAUGGGUAUUUGAUCUGAGACUCACCAGCGCAGAAGCCGUACUAUUGAAAGGCAAUGGCCGAAUCGUGCGGACUCUGGCAUGGCAUCCUCGUAAGCCAGAACUACUGGCUGUAGGGACGAUCGACGGAAAUAUCUCAUUAUGGUGUCUACAUGACGGCAGUCGUCCAUAUCGCUCGAUCAAAUCCCGACGCAGCGCUUGUAGUCAUCUCGCUUUCGAUCCAUCGUCCGAUCACUGCGUAGCUGCAACCUUUGCCGAUCAAUUAGUCCUCUGGACUGGGCAUGCUGAACCACAUGUCUACGCAUUUGACUCCGACGCUUCAGAGGUCAUUAGCCUGUAUUGGGACCCUAAGGACGUCGAGAGGUUGUCUGUCUUCUUCGCCGAUGGCAGACUACUUAUUCUCAGCAUAGGCCGACAGAUUCAUAACGAUCAAGAGUCCGCCGAUCUUGCUGGCCUGGACUUUUAUCGAGGCGAUGUGGAUGCAGAAGAAGCUGUCUUCGGAGGGGCGACGAAUUUGAAAAUACAGGCCUCUCGGCACCAUUUCACAUCUUCUCUCAGGCAGGUCCUUGUUCUUGGGCCGUCAAGUUUCCUCGCCCUUUCAGACGAAAGCGACACUCUGGUACUCUGCACGCUUGGACGAAGUGCCGAUGGCCUCCAGGAGGUUUGGACGCUCCACGUCAAUCCUGCAAUCGACGCUUUUACUGUUCGCAGCUCGGAUGGGGACAUUGAAGUCGUCACAUGCUCUGCAGGGCUUUUUGACGCCUACACUGUGCCAUCGGAAGUGGCCGAAUUGAUGCCACGCCCCUCACGAGGGCGCAGUCGGUCGCGUUCGAUGAGAACUAUUUCAGAUGCAGGGACAAUGACCACUGAUCGCAUACUUCAUCAUUUCGCCAGAGGCAAACGACCGAAUGUACACAGUUCGGGGCAAUACAUACAGCCCCAUCUGCGCCUUCGCGGUAAGCGUUCGACGUGGACCUCUCAAUUUGAUACUCCUCCAACACAGUCCAUGACUUCCAGUCUGGAGCUUCCGCAACGCGAAAAAUCUGGCGAUGGAUCCUCGAUGCCAUUUCUCUCGCCAAGUAUACCGGCUCGAAGGCCAUCCACGCAUCUCAUGCCACAGAUUGACGAAAGCUUGCAUCUUUCUCCGUUGGCUGGUGCAUCAUUCGACACACUUCACUCAUCUGCUGUUCACGAUAGCGACUCGGACGACGAAGCAUUUCCGAGCAGUUCCAAUAUCAAAGAAGGAGUUUUGCCAGAAAAGGUCAACGUUCCGCUGCCGAGGACAUGCGGUGCACAGUUUACUAGGAGCGGGGAUUUGCUCCUCUUCAUGCCCUUCAAAGUAAAACCUGCAGAGGUUGUCGUUGGGCAAGAUGUCCCAGAACCAGGAUCGGCAGAAGAUCAAUUUUCCGAACUUUCGCGAAUAUUUCCUGCCUUUGGAAACAUCAAAUCUGUUCGCAUCAAUCGUAGUGGUGCUGCGAGCGUCGAUCACACGGCGUUCGCUACUUCGUUGUCACACGACUCCAACGCUGCUCAUCAGCUAUCAUCGUUCGAAAGUCGACUAUCGUGGAAGUCCAAACAGUCUAACUUUGCGGUGUUAGCCAAUAGCGUCCAUCCCAAGGUUAUCCUUCAAGUAUAUCAGCGCAGUAUGCUUCAGGCCCCAAGCAGGCCUGACUUUCAUUAUCAGAUAUUCUCUACGUUAGGAGAGCAUUAUCACGAAGUCUGCGAGAAGAAUGCGAUCAACGCUGGGCUUGCGAGCUUGGUUCAGUAUGAAGACUUGCUACGGACUCUUGCGUUGAUCUUUCAUGCGCAGCAAAACGCCCCUCAUACUCAUAAAGCUAAGGCAGAAUUGGGACGCGGGAAAUUCCUUGCCAGGGCUGAUGGCAGUUCCUCACACGCGCAAGUGCCUCUUCGAUCUGCUUUCGUCACCGUUCAAGCGGAUUGGUUGAAUCAUUCGUUUGGAUCUGCGUGGGCAAUCGGAAAGCUGCUGCAGUGGAUCGAAACGCAGGCGGACAUACAGCUCUUAGCGAAAACAUCUGCAUUACUUCUAGCUUCCAACAAAGCAAGUCUGAAAUUCAAUACACCGAGCACAGCUCCGCACAACGGCUCGGUACCCGGCCUUGUCUUCGACCCAAGCAGUCCCGCAUCUUCUACAAUUGGGAAGAGUACAGCAUUCCCUGCACUGCAGCCCAGACUUGCACCUCACAAGGAGCAGAAUGAAGAAUCGCCGACGAAGACCUUAGGAUCAAGAACGUCUUCAAGAAAUCCGUCUCAGCCCACUACCCCGUACCUCGAUUCUUUAGCUAGUACACCGCCUCUAAAUUUUUCGCCCUUCUCCAAACAAGGACAAAGAUUGUCAACUCCAGGCUCGGUGAGCCCUGAACACAGCCGCUCGAGCUUCAGUGCUGCAGUCAGAUCGUAUGCGCAAAGCAUCACCGACAAAUUCCCUGCUUAUAGCUCCUCUCCACCGCUCAAGAAAGCAGGCACAAGUCCAAAUGGCGAAUUGUCGUCAAGUCUUCCGAUUGGAAGUUGGAGCAAAUCGGUCUCGUUCGCUUCUACUGCCAAACCUGCAAGUGAGGCUCGCCGCGGCUCCAACUGGACGCAGGAAGAUCCAGAGCGCGAUGUUGACGCGAUUGCGAAUGAUAUGAGCUUUGCUACCAAACCUAGCGGGGCCCGCGCAGUGAGCGUUUCGUAUAAAAAUCAGGGCUCGUUUUACGAUGAAACCAUGCAGGGUCCUCCUGCCCAGUUCCUCACGCCCGAGUUGAAGCUGAAAUGUGCGAUAUGGUGUGGAGCAUAUGCAGAGACACUACGAUCGCAACAGCUUCCCAUCGAUGCUGCUGAAUUGGAGAAAUUGGCCAGUCUUGAUAGUGUGAAGGCCAAGAGCAGAAAGAAAUCGUUCUACCGAACUAUACCAAGGAAGAGUCCAGCGCGAGACGCGUCGCUAUGCAGCAUCUGUUACACCGUCAUAUGCGGCGCGAGACAAUUUUGCCCAGAUUGUUUGCACGCCAGCCAUCCUGUUUGCUUCGGACUCGUGCUUGCUGGUGCUGUAGCGGCAGAUUUUCGUUGUCCGACGGGUUGCGGUUGCAAUUGCACGUUGAAUGCUGGAAUAGGACCUGGAGAAAGCGAUGCAAUUUCUUCUCAUUUGCUGCCGGCCAAUGGACCCAUUAAUUUCUCGAAACGGGGUCGGACUAAUCAUGAUCGACCGCAAUACGCGCGUGUUAUAAUAGCGAGGGCGCCUGUGCAGGUGUCAUUUCUCCCUGGGAGAUUAUUAGAUUUUGAGCACCGCCUUGGAUUCGUAUAUUCCCCAUUUCAACCAACUCGUGUCACAGUGAUCGCGGAUAUAGCGAUGCCUUCCAACAAACCCACCGACGAAAAUGAUGUGAACAUGAAGCGAAAAUCUAGCAGAUUGCUUCGCAUCAUCACAAGCCCAAAUGGAUUCAUGUCCGCCCUCAAGCCCCACAAUGGCAAGCAAGAUAUGAACAACAGACGAUCCAAGGACUGCGAUGCUCCAACCCGGAACAACGAUAUAGAUAUGACCAUCAGCGUCGCCGAACCCGAACGCGCUCACGAACUACCCGCAUACUCCCCAUUAUUUCACGCUGUCGUAAGCUCGACUGUCGCCAUCAAGCUCCCACGCGGCUACCGUAUGCGCUCGCUCCAACAGACCGACUACGAAACAUAUACCCAGCUCAAGACGAUCGGCAUCAUGUCCCGCAAGGCGUGGGACGAACAGUGCUAUUAUCUCCAAUCCCGAAACGACACCUACACCAUCAUGGUCAUUACUGAUGCUUCCGGCACGGUCGUUUGCACUGGCACGUUGCUGCUGGAGCGGAAACUCGUCAAUGGCGGAUGUCUUGUCGGCCAAAUUAAGGACCUUUGCGUGGCGCCCACCCAGAAAGGCAAAAAUCUCGGCUUGAGGAUGCUGGAGCAAUUGAACCAGCUCGCUAUCGAUGCCGGCUGCACCAAGACGUCGGUAAUGACGCAGGACGUCAACGAGGCGUUUUACAAGCAAAGAGGUUUCCGACGUACAGUAGAACUCGAAAUGAUGCGUUCACAUGCUGAUGCUCAGAUCGCGGCACCCACUCCUACUGAUCUGCAGGCACGACGCACAUUGAUUUACAGCUGCGAUGCGGAGCACCGAGUAUCAUCUAAGCUCGGCCUCGAGACAAUCACGCGUGAAAUAAUCAGAACCUCAGACCCGGUAUGAAGCGCUCCUGAGGACGAUCAGGCAUUUCCUUGACUCAUCUUGACCUAUCCCGGUGACCGGUCAAUACGAUAAUAAUAUUGGAGCAGUUUUGGCGAAUGUACUUGAUGUGAGGAGCACUUGUCUUUAAAAUAUAUCCCAUUUCAUUUCGUUACAUCG